AAGUUUGCUCUGUUUACAUGUUCGCCUAAACAUGGCCGCCCUAGCAACCACGGGAUGCGGCGAUACACAUUGCUCGGGAGAUGGAGACCAUCUGACCUGCCCAUCAUCCCCAGUGCUUGGCAGCAAUGGCGAUCACAGGCUGGACAGACAGAAAGCUACACAGUUUCUCAGGGAAGCAGAGAAGAACAGGAGACAGAUUGAAAAGCUGGAGAAAGAGAGGACGCUGAAUGCUCAGUGCAGAAAGAACGGUUGGACAGAUGUGUCUGGUGAACUGGAAGAGUACGAGAAACUACUGGAGGAGGAAAGAAAUGUGGAGAAGAUUAAGCUUCAAAAGCAGCUCGUCAAGAUUCAUAAUGGUGUGAGGAAAUUUCAGACACACCUGACUGAUGUAAAACCAACUCCUGAGCUGAUUGAGAAACUGCAAGAAAUAAUGUCAGAGGUUGAAAUCUCCAUUAACACCCUGAAGGAGGAGCAGCGCUCAUGUUUUGAGGAGUUCUUGAAGGAGGAGAGGACGUGCAGACAGGAAAUCACUGCUUAUGAUAAGAAGAUUGAAAACUGGAGCCUUGCGGUCAAAUCGACCCCCAAACUACGUCCUGCUGCUACCGUUAAGACCAAACCUCCUGACCGAGACCUCCCUGCUGAGGUCAGAGCACUGGAGUCCUUUCUGCAAAGGACAGGAGGCCCUAAUGGAGGCUGGGAUCAAUACGACCACCAGGCCUACCUUAAAAUCUGGACAAAGCACGGCGGGGAGCCGGCCUACAGGAAAGAGGCCAAGCUCUACCUGCCUAGUAAAACUUUGGAGGAGAUAGAGCAACAUGAAGAAUGGCAUCAGGAGCUGAUGUAUCUACAGGGGAGAAAGAGAGAGGCCAUUCAGCGGUGGAAGGCCAGCAAGCAUCAGGAACGCCAGGCCAGGAUACUGAGUCAGGAGGAAAAGGAGGAGACAGAAAGGAGGGAGAAGGAGGCCAAGAGCCAGGCUCAGCAAUACAAGAGUGAGGAGGAGAGGAGGGAGGCGGCACGGCGACUGGAGGAGUGGAGGGAAGAGAGGAAAAGGAAGGAGGAAGAGGAAGAGGAGCAGAGACUGGUUGAAGAGAUACAAAAACAGAAACGGGCAAAGGAAGAGCGUCGUCGGCAGCUGGAAGUGAAGCUGACCAUCGAGGAGCAGCUUCGACUGAAGAGAGAGAAAGAGGAGGAGGAGGAGAGGAGGAGGAGAGAGGAGGAACAGAGAGAAGUGGAAGAGAGGAGAAGAGAAGCAACAAGGGGCAUCAAACGCUUAAAUGAAAGGGAUCUACACAAGGUGGAGGCAAAGUUUCAUGAAAAACAGCUGAGGGAAAAAGAGGAGGAGGAAAGACGCAGGAGAAUCGCUGCUAAGUUGAAGGAGAAGGUUGAUGGUCAAGUCAGCAGAGACGCCUCCAGGCUCACCCGUCCCACGAGGGGAUGGCAGGAGAGGAUGAAGCACGUUGGACCUUCAGGAGGAGGGCCUGUGCUACAGAUGUUUCACAGAGCUGUUCCUACUUGGAGACAGGGCCUGUGAUGAUGAAGACUUUUUUUUUUUUAACAUUACAUUAAGAGAAUAUUUAUGGAGUGGAACCAAAACACCGAACUGUGCCUUUAUUUGAUCUGACUUCUUUUUCGAGGUUGUGCAUCUCAGCUGUUAUUUUCAAUAAAAGAUUGUUAUGGUGGCGUUUCUCAAUAA